AUGACAAGGAUUGUUGUUCGGAGAUUCAAUAACGGAGCAAUCGUUCCAAAAUGGCUGGGGUUCUUCACUCGCCAAUCACUAUUCUCGCAAGCUGAUGUACUUGUUCGUGGCUAUGGCGGUUACAACACUAGAUGGGCUUUGUUCUUACUCAAUCACAUUUUCCCUCUCGAGUCACGUAAACCGCCUAUUGCUACCACUAUUUUCUUCGGUGCUAACGAUGCCGCUUUAGCUGGAAGGACCAGUGAAAGACAACAUGUACCUCUUCCAGAAUUCAAACAAAACCUCCAAAAAAUUGUCAACCACUUGAAGUCAAGCUCACCAACUAUGCUUAUUGUGAUUAUUACUCCACCUCCAAUUUGUGAGGAAGGGCGUCGAGAAUUUGCUAUAUCUUUAUAUGGUGAUAAUGCUCGUAAAUUGUCUGAAAGGACAAAUGAAGUUACUGGUCAAUAUGCAAAAGCAUGUGUUGAGACAGCCAAGGAAAUGGGUGUGGUGUAUAUCGAUUUAUGGUCCAAAAUGCAAGAAACAGAUGGCUGGCAAAAGAAAUUUUUAAGGGAUGGAUUGCACCUGACAGUAGAUGGAAAUGCAGUAGUAUAUGCAGAAGUGAUCAAGGUGUUCAAUGAGGCAGGACUUUCUGCUGAUAAAAUGCCAUUUGAUUUCCCUCACCACUCUAAAAUUGAUCACAAUAAUCCCGAUACCGCUUUCCAGCAGAACGUUUGUGAUGCCUCGUUAUAA